GCCGAUGUUUUCUUUGUUACUGUCGUUAUUGCUAUAAUUGUUCUCGUUGCUGUUGCUGUUGCUGUUGCUAUUGGCAAUGUUUCUUGGCAAAUUGUUAGAAGUUCAUUGGGACGUUACAGUCCUGAUGCAAAGAAAAUAUGGCAUGACUUGGCCAAAGCCAUUUCCUACGACCCCACACGUCAACUUGCGGCCACCUGUCGGGAGAUAGCAUGUCCGGCGUCUCAAGCAGGUCAGGAAGUGUCGGCCGAGGGGAAGCACGGUUCGAGUACUUCUGGGGCUGCUGAACAGAGCCAAAGGGCGCCCAAUCCGGAAGGUUCACGAUGCAGUGGAUCAUCCGAUUCACUGUCUCGUGGCUAG